GCCGCAACAGUUAAAACGACAGUGUUUAAAAUUAAAACAGUGUCGCGAAGCUCAAAAGUUCAACAACAUCGCGGGACAAGGAAACGAUGUUGUUUAACUAAGAACGACGCCGAGGGGUGAAAGUUUGACGGCGAGUUAAUUUUAUGAUUAUUUUAGACGGUAUCGUUUAAUGAAAAGUGAUGUCGCGGAAAAGUAAAACGACAUCGCGGUAGUGGUAAGAGUUUGGCCGAAGCCAGCCCGCCAAGCCCAACGACGUCGCAAGAGUAGAGAACGACGUUGUUUGAUGGACUAACAAUGUCGUUGGUUAAACCGGGUCGGGGCAGUUGAGUUGGAUUAUAAAACGGCAUCGGUUGGUGAAAGGCGAUGUCGUGGUAUUGGUGAAACGUCAUCAUUACAUGGACAAGGUUGUAAGUCGUUUCGCCAAGUUUCUGCAAAGCAAGAGCGGUCUCGAGGGCACGUGAUUAUCACGCAACAAGGAGGAAGUUACCUGCACGGUUGAAAGGAAUGAAGACGUGGGAGACAGAGGCGCCAAGGCAGUUACUACGACGGGGAGAAGCGCGAAGUAUAAAGAUUGGGAAGAUAGAGAAGCUCUGGACGGCAAAAUCAAAUCUCAAACUGCACCGUCGCAGAUUUAUCUUUUUUCUCUCUAGUUCGUAGAACUUCUCUGUCAAAGACCUCCUUUGCAGAGUCGUAGUAGUUGUAGUCGUAGUCGCGGAGCUCUCCAGAGGAACCUCCAUAGGAGUAGAGGUAACGUAACUUAGAACACCUGGUUCGAUUUUCUGGUUAUUCGCCGAACACCCUCGUUCGAACAUAGUUUGGAGAGGUGGUGAACGGAAUAACGGUUGUUUGAUUAGAAGUCAAAGGUGUAUCGAUCAAAUCAACAUCGCCGACGCCGGUGGUGGAUAUUUGACGGUCGUCCUGAUUUCUGUUUUAAUCGAUCAAAUCAACGGCGCCGACAUUCGGCGACGGAUAUUUGACGGUUUUGCUGACUGUGUGUUUGUGCUUACUUGAAAACAGCGCGCAUUGAACACGCGAGUUUCGCCAACGAAACAAUAGCACUUUUAAAAAAAUUACAAAAAUAGCACCCAUUGCGUAGAAAUUACAAAAAUAGCACCCUUUUUUAAAAAUCGCAUCCCCUGGUGUGUUUUGUAUUUAAACCGCACCACCAAGGUGCGGUUUAGCUUUCUGGGCCAAAACCGCAUCUUGGCCAUGCGGUUUGCGGUCUGAACUAACCAAAUCGCAUGGCCCAGAUGCGGUCUAGUCCUGACCUAGCAAAACCGCACUUUGGGGAUGCGGUUUUGCUUCUCCAAAACAAACCUCACUCUCAAAGUGCGGUUUUGGCAACACAAACCGCACCCCCCAUGCGGUUUGUGUGUCAAUUAUUUUUCGACACCAGACAUGCAGCCAUGCAAUUUGACAGACGUGGGGUUGCAUGGCAGAUGAAAACCGCACCUUAGAGGUGCGGUUUUCAUUGAUGAUUUUGCCUAUAAAAGGCAGUCCAGGAAAUCUCUUCUCUUCACACCUCUCCUUCUCCCUUUUCAAUUUUCUGUUGUAGCUCCCUAUUUCUCUAGUGUUUUUGCGGUUAAUGUUAACUCGUAAGUUUAUUUUGUAUUACUUUUUAUUGUAAAUUGUGAAUUGUGAUUUUUACGAUAUUAGUUGAACUACUGUUUUUUUGCAGAUGGCAUUCUAAAAGUUCACGCUUGGAUUACAGUGGAAUGGUUACACGGAAGAGAGCGGAAAGGGGGUCACCUACGUCAGUGGCAAUUUUCAGAAAAUAAAGGUCGCUACCAGACCGAUGCUUGAAGACCUCUAUCAAAUGUGUACUAACGCUACUUGCAUGGAUGGCACGAGAAGAGUUGAUCGUAUGGUGUACCGAUAUCCAAACAGAGAAGGCGGGCCAUUGUGGCACGAGGAAUAUCUCAUAACCACUCAGGAUGAGGUAGAUGCAAUGCUCGAAUUCUUGAGGUCCAACAAUCUUUCCAGAGCCGAGAUGUUCGUUUACACCGAGCCGGUCGUAGGUGUUGGAGGUCAUUCUGGAGACGGUCAAACAUCUAGUUUCCAUGGUGGAGGUGAAUUAUAUGGAGAUCAUCCCUACCAAAGUUACCAUGAUCCUCAUUCCUAUUUUCAGUACCAAAAUCAAGGUGAAGGUCAACAUCAAUCUUACCCUUCAUAUGAAGAAGAAGUUCAACCGGACCAUGCCAACCAACCCCAGUACACCUUCCAGUCAGGCAGUGGUAGUUUUCACAACUACCAUUGUGGAGCUGAUGAAGGUGCCUUUCAUGAGCUGGAUCAGAUGGAAGAUGCCCUGCCAGCACCAGUCAGUGACCCCUCCUAUGAACAAGGAGAGAACAACGUCACUACAGACAGCUCCGACCCUCUUGAAGGUGCUGAUGAUUCAGGAUCAGAGUCAAGACUCAGAUAAUGAUGAUGAGGUGGCUCAUGACCGUGUACCAGUCCCCUACUACAAUCACAUUCCAGACGACAAUUGGAUGGUCGAAAACGACAUGGAACCCCCGGAGGUUCCAAUAUGGGGUCCACUCACUGGGUUUAUGAAGGGCCAACAAUUUGGCUCAAAGAAGGAGGUGCGGCAUGCCAUUGAUACCGAAGCAAUGAAUCAGCAUUUUAAAUGGCACACAACUCAUUCUAACACGAAAAGGCUCAUAGUCAGAUGUCGUAAUCAUAACGAGGAUGCAAUGUUAGGAUUCGGGCCAUCAACAGCAAGAGACACGACCAUUGGCUCAUAUCCCGUGCGGUGAACACACACACAUGUGUGUCAUCCAUAACAUCCCAAGGCCAUCGAGAGUUGAAAUCCAGGGUGGUUGCUGCGGCUAUCAAGCAUCUAAUUGAGCAAAAUCCUGACCUGAAGGUGAAAGUCAUAAUCACUGACAUUGCAAGUCGUUAUUGUUAUAUGAUUUACUAUAAGAAGGCGUGGCAUGGAAAGCAGAAAGCUCUGGCCGCCGUAUUUAGUGAUUGGGAAGAAUCAUAUGCAUUCCUUCCCAGGUUGAUUUUGGUACUGGAGGCGUCUAACCCUGGCACUGUUUUCUCCCCUCGAUACCAAGAUGAAGAGGUACAACCGCCAGAGCCAGGUAACAAAUGCCAUUUCAGAUGAAUGUUUUGGGCAUUCAAGCCAUCUAUUGAUGGUUUUGGCUUCAGGACUUUCCUCGGUUAGGGGCACCCCAUUUUUUUCCAGGAUCGUGAAGGACCCUAAAAUACUUCGUCAACCAAGUGAUUGAUACUUGGCCUUUCCACAAUGGUGGCAAGCGAUCCGUCGCAUUAACGCUCCCAUUGGUUGGUACUCUCACCCCCAAAACACUGUGGAUAAAACACUGCCAACCGGUCAUACCGUCACGAUACUCGGGGGGAUGAUCACUCACACACACCGCUUUGUCGUCGAUGGGCAGAUGACUUAGGAUGGCAACGUCCUUGAGUGUGAUGGUGCACUCUCCUUCGCGAAAAUUGAAACAAUGUGUCUCCUUUCUCCAUCUCUCCUCCAAUGCGGUGAUGAGUUGGCGAUCGACUUUUAUGCCUACAAAAUGCCUAAUAGACUCCAACCGUGCCCUUUUGAGAAAGGGCAAGAUAACUGGGUUCCAUGGGAGCUGUCACGAACUUACUCUCGAUCGUGCGGCCCUAGCUCUGAAUUCCGUUAGAGCGCUAGGCAGCCUUUCUCUCAACUCACUUGAAAGCAAAGAACAAGAACAAAGACAAAGGAAAUGG